CAACGGUUUGUGUCACGCGAUUGAAGGCGGAUAUUCACUGCAUUUGACUCGACUCGAUUCGAUUCGUUUCGUCUCGUUUCGGAUCGUCUUGCCUGCCACACAACUCGAACUCGAAUGCGAAUGCGAAUGCUCGACAACUGAAUUCCCUACGACAUCGAAACUGUAAAUCUCGAGGAAUUCAAACGCUGCAGGAAAGGCAGGCGGUGAAACGGUCGCGAUCGCGAUCAUCAAAUUGCAAUUGUGGCUGGCUCGUCCUUAACCGCCCAACGUCCCACGUUCCGCGCCCCCGCCCGCCACACGCGGAACGUUGCCCCCACACCGCGCCGCCCAACACAUUAACCCCCGUUAACCCCCGGGAAAUUCAAAACGCGUCGCGUCGCGUCGGGAAACGCGUGCCGCCGCCAAUUGCAUCUGUUGUUUGUUGUUUUUUUCGGUUGAGUGUGUGAGAGUGUGCCAUAUAUAUUGCAUUGUUGUUGUUUCUCUUUUUGGGGUUUUCCUCAAUUGACAAGAAAAACACGAAAACAAAGAAGGCGAGAGACGUACAAGUGAAACGUAAACAAUGAAAAGUGAGACGACGGCGGGCGAAAAAGUGAAAUCCAGUUGAUUGCAGUUUGCAGUUGGCAGCAGCUGCAGAGCGAAAGCGAAAAGCUUAGCAUACUUUUGGGCCUGCCCCAAUAACUCAAGCCCAGGCACCACGCACCCAGCUAAAGUCAAAACUCAAACUCAAACUCAAAAGUUUUCUGUGUCGCGCGUAGUGAGCGGCCACGCCCACGUGCUCUCGAAAAGAAGGCGGCAGGCGCUAAGUAGCAGGAGGACGCCCAAGGACGUUUUGGUCCUAGACCAAAAAUCGAGCAUACGGAAAAACCAAAAAAACCACAAGAGCUCUGCCUGCAGUCGGGUGAAAAAAAUAAAAUAAAAUAAAGCGAGAGGAGGACGAGCGCAAGACGCAAAGGUAACUGCAGCCGGAAUUAACACAAAAGCUACCAUAAACCGAAUUACGUUCCUCACAAACAGACUUGGCCAUACAUAAGGUGAGCAAACACCACGAUGUCGACACAUUGGAUCAUUUUUCUGGGCAUUUCGUGUCUGCUGGCAGGCUGCACGGACGGCGCCUCGAAGCGCUUCUUCACAGACUUCCUGCAGGACCUACCGACGCCCGGAACCGGUGGACCCACUUUCGACACGACCAUUGGCACGAACAUCACAGGACUCGUUGGCAAGACGGUGAAGCUGACCUGCCGCGUCAAGAAUUUGGGCAAUCGCACGGUGUCCUGGGUGCGACACAGGGAUAUACACCUGCUGACUGUCGGCCGCUACACAUACACCUCCGACCAGAGAUUCGAGGCAAUGCACUCGCCGCACGCCGAGGAUUGGACAUUGCGUAUACGCUACGCGCAGCGCAAGGACUCCGGCAUCUACGAGUGCCAGAUAUCGACCACGCCCCCAAUUGGACACUCCGUCUAUCUGAACAUUGUUGAACCCGUCACCGACAUAAUCGGCGGCCCCGAGCUGCACAUCAACCGCGGAUCCACCAUCAAUCUGACUUGCAUUGUGAAAUUCGCUCCGGAACCGCCGCCAACCGUCAUUUGGUCCCACAACCGCGAGAUCAUAAAUUUCGAUUCACCUCGCGGCGGCAUAUCAUUAGUCACCGAGAAAGGUGUGCUGACCACCAGCCGGCUCCUGGUGCAGAAGGCCAUCACCCAGGACUCGGGACUCUACACAUGCACCCCCUCCAAUGCCAAUCCGACCUCGGUGCGCGUGCAUAUCGUCGAUGGCGAGCAUCCGGCGGCAAUGCAUACGGGCAACAACGGUAACUCCACGGCGUCCCAGCCGCCGGUCCUGCUGCCGCUGGUCCUGCUCACAUGCAGCACACUAAUGCUCCUCCAGCUGGUGGCCAGUUGCUCCAGCCUCGUCCCGGCCACGCCCCCCGGCUGCAGGACCGUCCACCAAACAAGCACCUUCGCCGAGAAAAAGGCACUAGGACAACGAAGCAACCGGAACUGCCAGGAUCUGCAGGAGGUGGAGGAGUCGCAGGAUCUUCGCCGCAGAGGAGUCGAGUGGAGCCCGGUGCCCGGCACAUAGCUCUUUAGCGGAUCGAGAACCGGAAACGCUGACGAAUUGCCAACAGGAAUCGCAUUUUAGGAUGCCCUCUCUUGCGCUCACCACCCGCCCCUGUUCCUUGAUUCCCUGGUUUUCCAGCUGCCGGACCUUGGUUUCCGGUUUCCAGUGUCCGGUUUGGUCCUGCUCUCUCGUCCCACCUGUGGGCCUCUUUCUCCACCGCCACCGGACUUUGUGAGCGGGCUGGAGCUUAUCCUGUUAUCACUAAAUUAAGUAGCCAGACUUGGUCCGCGGAAAAACACAACAUAUUUAUCAGACUUUUCUAAAACUAACCAAAGAUAACUAAUGCAGCGGGGUAAAAACGGAACCAGAUUGGACCCCAAGAGAAAUAUUGAGAUAGAACGAAUGAGAUCUAACGAAAUAGCAGAGGUAAGCAGAUGAUUUUCGUAAUGGUGAUGGGCGUGUUUAUGGAGGCAGGUAAAAAUAACUAACAUACCUUGUAAAUAGAGCCACUGACACGAGAUUUCUCUUCCAUUGAUAAGUAACUGGUAAACGGAAACGGCGAGUGUAUGAAUUCUCAUCUACUUAACUUCUUUCGGUUGGUGACAACUUUUACACACACAAACCACAUUCUCUAGUACAAGAAUAAGCUAUAGGUGUCUAAACAUAUAAAUAAAUAAACUGCAAGUGGAAGUUUCGAUGGAGAACCCCGUGCGAUUUGCGGCAAGUCUAAGUACGAUAAAGAUAAUGAAUUUUUUUUUAUAACUAGCAUAAGUUCAAGACUAUAGUAAAAUGUAAGCAAAAUGAGUGGAGUAACCGAAAAUAGCUAAAACGGAUGGCAGAUUAGCUAAGAUUAGCAAUGGAUUGUUGAAUUAAAUGUGUACAUAUUAAACAAGUCAGCAUAAUUAGUCUAUGGAUAUUUUUUUGUUUUUUUUUUGGCUACUCCCCAUAUAUCAGAUCAGAAUAAUCUCUACCUAUAUAUAGGGCAUUUUGAUGUGUUUAGGGCUUAAGCGAUAUUAAUUAUUGUUGUAUGUUGACAAAACGAAACGAAUGGAUAAAACCAAAUGCCAUUGAGAGCAGAUAUUGACAUAGAGAACUAACCAACUAUCCAGUAAAGCGUAUUGCUAAUUCAACUCGAGUAUUUAAGUGUCUCUCUCUAUCUAUCUCUAUCUCUCUCUAUUUCUCUAAAACUCUCUAACUGACUCUCUCCAGAAAAUUGAAGAAAAUGCAGAAAAAGCAGAAAAACCCAGUCACAGACACACAGUAACUGUAAUUUUAAGCCAAGCUAGUGGAAAGAUAGAGAUACACUGAAGAAAAACCAUACUGCAUCAGAGACAGAAGCAGAAGCAGAUCCGCGAUCCCACCCCAGAGUAAGGGUCUAACCCUAUCCCAAUCCCAGCCCCUAGAGAUCUGGUGAGCCAGGCACUGGAUACUUCUCAUACGAUUUCGCUCCAAAUGAAACAAAACAAAAACGAAAGAUAAUAUGCAGAAUACUCUCCAUACUAAGCGUAAAUAUAUGGAUAUGAAUAUGAAUAUGAUGGUACCACUUAGUAUGCAUAACUAUAAUAAAGGUACGGAUGGGAAAUAGAACGAAAACCAAAAGGAUAUAUUUUAUGAAUGUGAUGACGUUUAGCAAAUUAAAAGUAAAUGGAAGACACCCCAAAUAAAGACCAAAAAAUUCAAGAAAUCCCAUUAAAGUCGAGAAGAAGUCCCGGAAAUCUUCGGAAUAAAAGUGUUGAAUGUGAAUGCGAGAUUUGGGCAGCCGAAAGGCAAAGAGCUCCUUCCAAAGGGCAACAAGCCCAAGGAUCAAUAUCAGCAUCAUCCCAACCAGAAUUCAAGAUGCAAUUCCCUUUGCUGGGGGAGCUGCAAGCGCAUUUAAUGUUGAUGUAUUUGUAAAUGUAUCUGUCAGUAUUUUGAUUUUCCUCUCCAUCUAUCCGCAUGCACUAGUCUAAGCAAAACUCAACAAAACAAAAAACAAGUGUUUAAAUGUUUAUAAGCAAAUUGAAUGUAAUUCAAUAUCAAACCGAUAUAGAUAAAAAGCGCAUAGCAAAGGUGCAAUAAAAAUGAAACAAAUCGAAACGACAAUUUCUAUGUAUAAAAUAAGGUGAAAUAAAGUCCAUGUUGCAGAUGCUAAACCUAUGAAUAUAUGGUAUAUUAAUUGAAUGAAACCGAUAUAAAUAUGUAAAUGAUAAGCGAUAAUUAAAAAUGUGUUGACCCCGUUACUCGUAUUAUGUUUGUUCGAUAUGUGUAUAUUAAUUUUAUGAAACUCUUUUCAUCGUUGUUCCAUCUUUCUUUGUGUUGUUUUUUUAUUUGUUCCUUUUUUUUAUUGUUGUUUUUUUAUUGUUUUUUCGCGGGUUUUGUUUUUGCGGUAGAGUUAAUUAAAGGAAAACGUAAACAGAAAGUGCGUGAAGUGCAAAAACAAUUUUAAAGUAAAUAUGUUAAAUACAAUUUUAAGCAUAAACAAUGGCGUCAAAAGCAAACAAUUUUAAUGUGGUUAAAUAAGAAAAAUGCCGAAUUCAAUGGAAAAUAUGUGUGUUGUUCCAUUUGAAACGGGACACUUUGAAAUAU